ACAGCCAAACAUUUUAGACAUCUUUGAUUAUAUUUUGUGCAGUUCAUUAAUGGAACUUAAAAUUUUAGUAUGACAGAAACAUAAAGAGUGGGUGUUAUAUUUAAGUUUAUUGUUUUUAAAGGUUCGAUUUUAAGUAAUUAUAAUUUAUAGUUACCAUUUAUUUUAGUGUUAUUUUAAAAGUGACGUCAUGUGAUUGCGCUUUCAUAGAAUACCACUUAUUUAAGGUUUCUGGUUAUGUUCUAAUUUGAAGUUCUAAUUUAAUUUAAACAAACAUGAGUUUUGUAUAUCAGAACCCGCAAAAUUUCACAAAACCACAUACUAAGAAUUUUACGUUAUCGUCAGAAACACCUACGAAAACCACCUAUCCAACUGAUAAACAACCACAAAUUAAUGAAAACAAUAAUCAGUUGAGUCCCAAUGGUACUGAAAUGUCAUUAAAAGAACUGUGGUCGAAACACAAAAUGAAGAUGAGCAAAAUCAAAACGGAUUCCACCAUAAACAUCGACAACAAAAAGAUGACUUGGGAUGUCGAUAAACCCUCGGAAGCUCCCGUACAAUUCGAAGAGCUUGAGGAGCCUAAACAGGAAGAGAUGCCUGUUUUAAAAACUGAAGAGCCCUUAGAUAAUACCAAAGAUGAAAAAGAAGAAUCUCCUUCGCACCAUGCCAGAAGACCGCCUAAUGCCUUUUUGAUAUUCUGUAAGAAGCACAGGCCGAUCGUUAGAGAGAAAUUCGUCCAUUUGGAGAAUAGAGGGGUGACCAAGAUAUUAGGAGAAUGGUGGGCACUACUGAGUGCCGCCGAGAAACUGCCAUAUAAUGAUUUAGCUAAAGAGUACAAAGACGCCUUCCUAUCAGCCAAUCCUGACUUCAGAUGGUACAAACUUCCGGCACCUCCGUUGCGCACUUUAAACACCCGUCCUAUAACAGCUCCAAAACCCCAUCUACCCAUAUCUAGUCCUUCCAAUAACACAUCAACUUUAACCUCACCCGUACCCGAAUUUACUCCCGGUAAACUGGCUGACGAAUCUCAACUCGGUGGCCUCACCUCUCUCAUGAACAAUUUUGUUUCCACACCAAAGACAGAACCGGAAAGCAAUAACAACGUAUUGAAGGCGGAGAAGUAUGACGAAACCUUCAUCAGUCCUGUUUAUACUACCAAAGUGACCACUCCGCCGAAACCGAUCAAGAAGCGAUAUUUUGAAUAUUUUGAAUCCAAAGGCUGUGUAAGAAAUCUAAUGAACGGCAUAGAAGAAGCACACCAAGAAGUCGGAGGUAUGAUGCUGCAGGAUUCAAGCAAGGCUAUGGAAGUCUCACCUGCAAAAUAUCAAGACAGCUUUCCCGAUACAAACGGCUUAAAAGAACCUAGAAAAUCUGAGAGAAUGUGCAAAGGCAAGCGUUACGAGAAAUUCAUGGUCGAAGGUAAAUUACUCGGCAACAAGAAGGACACCAGAUUUAUUUAUCAGAGGCAAACUCGUCUCGAUUCUAGAAUGGACGAAGAAAUGAAUAUUCUAGAAAAACCAGAAACACCAAAGUUAGAUUUAGGUAAUACUAUCAAACGUCUCGCAGAACGUACCAAUAUCAAAAACGAUUUCGAUAACGACGUCGCAACUGAAUCUGACGUCGAACCCGAGGUCAAGAGAGUACGCAGCAUAUCCGAGACCUCAGAGAACGGGGGCAAGAAUGGCCCUCCAAAUUUUAACUUAGAUUUAAGGAUAGCAAAUCUUCCAAGUUUGAGCUAUGCAGAAUUUACACAGAGAAAACGCGAUAGCAAGAAAAGAAAAGCCCGCAGCAAAUCUGAGGGAGAUUAUCGCAAAAAAAUCCAAAAAACGAACAAAGAUACGCAACUUGUUGGGUCCAAAAAGAGGAAAAACAAACAGAGCAUCACUCACUUAGGCUCCCCGUUCAGAAUCUCAAUGUUACUGUGAAUUAUAUUUAACUCACUGAGCGCCUGGGCCAAACAAAGCGUGAGUUAAAUAUAACUCACGUGGCGUUCAAUGUGUUACAAGGGUUACGUAUAUAUAAUAGAGAUUCUAUGUCAAUUCCAAUAAAAUUAUUUGUCUAAAAUUGAAUUGCAUAUCUUCUUACUUCUUCACGUUAUAUUUGGUUUAGUUGGUUAAUCGUCGUCAACUGGCAGCUGUUUAAAUUCUUUACUAACCAUUAAUAAUUUAAUAUAACCAUAUUGUCUUUGCGCAUUUGUUUAUCGUUAAAUAUUGAAAUGCGGAUAACAAAAAACUAUGCGUAAUUUCGGAAAUACUAAAAAAAAUAUGGAAUAUCGUCAACACCGCGCUGAGUUUUCAACGAUUUUCAAAAAUUUUACGAACGUUUUGCAUCUGAAUACACUUUUACAUCAUAUCCUGUAUAAAAGUUAUCAUAACGUCAUGAAUGGUGCUUAAAGCUUAUUAUUAGUUGAAUAAAUAAUGGAAAAAAAUUACAAAAAAUGUGAAAAACUAUUUUUUUAUAAAAGAUUUCGAAAUUUCAUUCUCAAAUUACACCCAACGUUCUGUUAAGAUCACGAACACCCAAGGUAUAGGGGUGAAAAGUUUACUUUAAAAGGUAAAGAUUUAUGUUUAAAUAUUAUAAUAAUGUGGAUAAAAAAUCCAAGAUUUAAACAAUAAGAAAAUAUUUGUUGUCAUAUUACUAUUACUUACUCUAUCAAACAAUGUGUAAAGUUGAGUUCCUAUGACCUCUAAAUUUCACACAUAUAAAUAUGUCAUAUAUUAGAUACAAUUUUAGAACCUAAUUUGUUCAGAUUAUUUUUGUAAAGUUACUCCUAAUAAUUAUGCAACCAAUAAUUCACUGCAACUACUACAGCUUGUCAAAUAUACGGUGAUACUUGGCCCAUAGACAUACAGAGUGGGCCAAAGAAACGAGCCCACCUCGAUAUUUGGCAGUAUAUAAAAUAUUAGAUUUUAAGGAAAUGAAGAAAUAGGUCGAUUUUUGAUCUAAGGGGGACACAUUUUUACGAUACAUACAUCUGUCAUUUGUCAACCCCCUUCCUUCCAUUUCCCCCACCCCUUAUUUUUAAAUAGGGAAUAGGGGUCGUGUGCUACCUCAUUUGAAAGGUUAUUCAAUUCUCUAUUCAGUAAUAUUAACAUUGACAUAAUUAUUUAUACAGGGUGUCCAAGAAAAAUUAUUUUGAAUUAAAUUAAUUGACACAAAAAGACGAAUCCAUGCAAUUUAUUUAACUCAAAAUACAUUCUACUACUGACAGAAAACAGAGAAAAAUUUUAUUUGACAAAUAAAUAUUGUUUUUUGCUUAAAUUCAAUAUUCAACCUUUGGCGAAUGGAGUUAGUGUCCGCCGUCAUAUAAACCCAAAUAAACAACAAUAUUCAACUUACCAAGAGGCAGAUGGGUGGCAGCUUGAACAUUGAAAUUAAGCUAAAAGCAAUGUUUAUUUAUCAAAAAACAUUUUUUUCUGUUUUGUGACAGCAGUAGAAUGUAUUUUUAAUUAAAUAAAUUACAUAGAUUCUUCUUUUUGUGGCAAUUAAUUUAAUUAAAAUAUUUUUUCGUAUAAAUAAUUAUGUUAAUAUUUAUAUUACUGAAUAGAGAAUUGAAUAACCUUUUAAAUGAGCUAUCACACGACCCCUAUUCCCUAUUUAAAAAUAAGGGGAGGGGGAAGUGGAAGGGAGGGGGUUGACAAAUGACAGAUGUAUGUACCGUAAAAAUGUGUCCCCCUUAGAUCAAAAAUCGACCUGUUUCGUCAUUUCCUUAAAAUCUAAUAAAUAAAUGGCUCAGUGCUGUUUCACUCUUACGCAUGUAAAGCUGCGAUAGUAGUCUCUCUUUCCGUGCAUAUACCCCCACGCAGUUUCAUGUUAGUUUCUCGAUACAAUGUGCUAAAAAGAGAUACCGCAAAUCUGUCCAAGAGAUCUUGUCGUCAGGAGGGGCGGAGGGUAGGCUCAGUCUAUGAUAAUAUAUAAUGUCUAUGACUUGGCCACAACUUUGUAAACGCCUUUGUCUAUCUCGGGUCUAGUAUAGUAUAACUAACGAUGGUAACUGAAACAGAAGUUCGGAGACGUAUUGGUAUGGCAAAAAAUGCGAUGAGUCGCCUAACUAAAGUUUGGAAAGACAUAUCUAUCACUCAAAAUAUCAAGAUGAGACUGGUGAAUGCCCUUGUAUUCUCAAUGUUUCUAUACGGGGCAGAUACCUACUUAGACUCUUUGGGCACGCGAGCGCCAAAAAAUUGAUGCCAUUGAGAUGUGGUGCUGGAGAAGAAUGCCUUUUUUUCAGAAUAGCCAACAUUGAUGUGACGUCACGACUAUCACGGUCCAUUAGCCAGACAAUUUUUUUAUUAAACUAUACUAAUUUUUUUUAUUGAAAAGUCAUCCUUCCGCACGAUUACAAUGCUUAGUAUUAGUAGGGUAAAAGUUAAUGUGUGCAGUACGCAAGUGUGUGUUUUUCUUUUGAUUAUUUAAUUUUAACUUAUCUUUUUAUGUGUAUAAUAUAUUUUGUUUUUUUAUUAUUCCUUUUUUAUUAUUUUUUUCUAUUGUUUUUUUUAUUCUGAUUUGUAUUUAAACUUACUAUCUUUAUUGAUUCAUGUUGGAUGAUGUAUUAUUUAGAUUAUAGUCCAAGAGGCAGCGUAGAAAAAUUUCUCUGAAUUUACUAAAGCUAGUUAUUUCACAGUUGGUUACUGUGAUUGUGUAGAGAAACAUACUGCGGUCGGUCAAGCGAAACGUAGAACAGGUGGUACUGACAGCUUGUCAAAGUUGCUUACCUGCGGAGGUAAUUAAAUCCAUUUACUAAGGCUGAACAUCAGUACACACAUUCUAAAUUGAAUAUAAAUAAAAGUUAUUAUAGUCGGUCAGCUGUAUGACGGGACAGAGCCGGUCGGUCGGCCCCAAUGAAUGUACAAGGUUAUUCACUAUAUUUUGACCCCCCUCUAAACUGCUUUAUUUACAGAAUUAGAAAAAAAUGUAAAAUACAAAAGUUAUUCGAUUUUUUAAUUAUGAUUUUUUGACAUAUAUAUCGUACUAGUGACGUCAUCCAUCUGGGUGUGAUGACGUAAUCGACUAUUUUUUUUAAAUGAGAAUAGGAGUCGUGUGCUAGCUUAUUUGAAAGGUUAUUCAAUUCCCUAUUCAGUAAUAUAAACAUUAACAUGAUUGUUUAUACAGGGUGCCCAAAAAAAAUUUUUUUUAAUAAAUAAUUGUUUAAUUAUUAACUCAAAAAAAAAUUUUUGGACACCCUGUAUAAAUAAUGAUCUUAACGUUUAUAUUACUGCAUAAAAAAUUGAAUAACCUUUCAAAUAAGCUAGCACACGACCCCUAUUCUCAUUUAAAAAAAAUAGUCGAUUACAUCAUCACGCCCAGAUGGAUGACGUCACUAGUACGAUAUAUCUGUCAAAAAAUCGAAUAACUAUUGUACCGACCAGCUGACCGAUCAUAAUAACUUUUAUUUAUAUUCAAUUUAGAAUGUGUGUAUUCUCCUUUUCAUGACCAUUUUUCAGUGCGUCACAAAUUAUAGAAAAAAAGGUACCUAAGUACGUGAUAAUACACAUUUAUGACAUUUAUUCUAACAUGACAUUUUAGUUAAAUCUGACAGUUGUCACAUUUUAUUUUGAAUUUGGAAUAAAAACAAAUCAAUUGUGUCUAUUGCAUUUAUAAAAUGGUAUUUUCUUUGAUUUGUAUAGUCUUAUAAAUUGUACAGAUUAUAUUGAUAAUAUUAUUAUUUUAUUUAAUAAAUAAUUCUUUUUUGAUUAUGGCGCCAUCUAUCGACAACUAGAAUAACUAGAAGAAAUGUUAUAAAUGUCUGUAAUCAGCGACGUGCGUUUUUUUCUGUCACAUACAAUUUAAUGCGUUAGAGAGAAAUCGAAAAACUGUUACGAACUGAAAAAUGGUCAUGAAAAGGACUAUACUGAUUUUCAUCCUUAGUAAAUGGAUUUAAUUAUCUUCGCAGGUAAGCAACUUUGACAAGCUGUGAUUACCACCUGUUCUACGUUUCGCUUGACCGACCGCAGUAUGUUUCUCUACACAAUCACGGUAAUCAACUGUGAAAAAACUAGCUUUAGUAAAUUUAGAGAGAUUUUUCGGCGCUGCCUCUCCGUCUAUUACUUCGAAAUAUUUAUAACUCUUCAGUAAUUUCGUGUAUAACAGAAUAAACUGAAAUUAUUGGAACAAUCCCUCUUUACUAUAGUUUUUGUUUUCCACUAUAGGUUUUGAAUCGAUAAUAGGUUCUUCCUCUACUCUUAACCUAAUUCAUCCAACGUUUCGUCUUCCGAAUAUUUGACAACGACAAGAGAAGAUUGUUUGAUGAUAAUUUUAUUUUAUGUGUAAUAACUAAUACGUUUAUAUUCGCACAACCAACUUUCAGCACUAAGUAAAGGUGCAAUUAUGCAAGUUGAAGUGCAUUGCAGGAAAUAAAGCAGAUUCUAAUUUUCGUCACGUUUGACAUGACAUCAUACGCAUUCUUUGUGUACCUACAUUUAGAAGUAUAAUGUGUAAAUUUCGUCUGCUUUUAUUAUAAAGAAUAAUUCUGUUUCUGAUCACAAAUUUAUCACAACUACAAAAUAAAUUCUUACUCUACUUUAUCAAUUUUGGUGACUGGCUUAAAUCGAUCAAAAAUGACAAAAUUGAAUGGUUAAUUAUUAGAGAUCGUUUUCAGCGGAAUUGUAUUGAUGAUAGUGAUUGGAUUGUGAUACUUUAUUUUUGUAUUUACUGGACAGGGAUAAGAAUUUUAUUUAUAAAAAGUUUGUAUAGAUUGUGCCUUUUAUUUAUUUGAUUAUGAAAUCUUAUGCCUUUAGAAACAUUAUUCACUAUGUAUCAAUUUUAUUAAAAUUUAUUACAUA